ACUUCCGACGUCUUUAGAAAACUUCAGCGUUGUUGACCGACUAGCUGGAGGGAAUUAAGAUUUAAGUAAAUUAGAGUUGUUUAUAUAUUUUUUUACAGACUGAACCCGAGGUAAUACUUAGAUUUUUGGAUGUUUUCAGCAACUACGCGACAAUAAUGAGUUUGUUGGAAAUCAGUGAGAACGUGAAGCUGGCCAGAGAGUACGCCUUGCUGGGGAAUUACAGCUCAGCUGUAGUCUGCUACCAGGGGGUUCUGGAGCAGAUCAAGAAGUACCUCCUCUCUGUGAGAGACUCGUUCGUGCAGCAGAAAUGGCAGCAGGUUUGGCAGGAGAUAAAUGAGGAGAAUAAGCAUGUGAGGGACAUCAUGACCACGCUGGAGAGCUUCCAGCUGGACAACGCCCCGUCCAAGCCCGGCGGUUUCAGCCAAGAGAGCGACAUCAUGCCUGUUCAGGUCGAACAUAGGUCGUCUCCGUGUGCAGUACGCAAAGCCCCGGCGCCGUAUAAAGACGGCAAAGCUCACGGCAGCAGACUGAGCGCUGGGCCGCGCUCCCAACACCGACAAUCCCCACGCCUCGCCAACGGCGAUCGAGGAAAACCACUGAAGGGUAAAGAAAAGAAAGAAAACCCACCAAAGCAGAAAGACGACAAGAACAAACCCGAGGUGUCUGAGCCGGAGGUGAAGAGGUUCGACAGAGGAGGAGAAGAUAAAGACCUGAUUGAGGCGUUGGAGCGAGAUAUCAUCUCCCAGAACCCUAACGUGAAGUGGGAUGACAUUGCUGAUCUGGAGGAAGCGAAGAAGCUCCUGAAGGAGGCAGUGGUUCUGCCCAUGUGGAUGCCCGAGUUCUUUAAAGGAAUCAGGCGACCGUGGAAGGGCGUGCUGAUGGUCGGCCCUCCCGGUACAGGCAAAACUCUGCUUGCGAAGGCUGUAGCCACAGAAUGCCGGACCACCUUCUUCAACGUCUCCUCCUCUACACUCACCUCCAAAUACAGAGGAGAGUCGGAGAAACUCGUCCGCCUGCUGUUCGAGAUGGCGAGGUUCUACGCUCCCACAACCAUCUUCAUCGACGAGAUCGACUCCAUGUGCAGCCGCAGGGGAACUUCAGAGGAGCAUGAAGCCAGCAGACGAGUCAAAGCAGAACUCCUGGUGCAAAUGGAUGGUGUUGGAGGACCGUCUGAUAACGACCCUUCUAAAAUGGUGAUGGUCCUGGCAGCCACUAAUUUUCCCUGGGACAUCGAUGAAGCCCUGAGGCGCCGACUAGAGAAAAGGAUCUACAUUCCACUGCCUACAGCUAAGGGCCGGGCCGACCUGCUGAAGAUAAACCUGAAGGAGCUGGAGCUGGCUAGUGAUGUGGAGCUGGAUAAGAUCGCUGAGCAGAUGGAGGGAUAUUCAGGUGCUGACAUCACUAACGUCUGCAGAGACGCUUCCCUGAUGGCUAUGAGGCGACGGAUCGAGGGUUUGACUCCGGAGGAGAUCCGGAACAUUUCCCGAGACGAGAUGCACAUGCCCACGACCAUGGAGGACUUCGAGACGGCCCUGAAGAAGGUGUCUAAAUCUGUCUCUGCCGCUGACCUGGAGAAAUACGAGAAGUGGAUCGCCGAGUUCGGAUCCUGUUGACCGGUCCUAAUGCCAGCACCCGGGGUGUAAAAAAAAAAAAAAAAAGUCCUUUAAUAGGGGCAGUUUGUAACACCUUCUGCUUCCUCCGAGGGGAAUUUAUCAGUCUUUCCCACCACCAACUCAUAUAUUGAACUGGGUUAGAGCGCUUCCUGAGUGGGGGGGCGGAGCUUAUUUCUGGGCCAGAAAGAAACUAGUUAGAUCUGUUACAUAGCAAUAUCAUGGUGAUAUUGCAUGGCAACAGAUCUAACUAGCUCCUUGUCUUCCCUAGGAAUAACAAACCACCUUUAUAUCAUUUCAGCACUUUAAAACACUGAUAAGGAAACACUUCAGUAGCGAUUAGUGUGCCUCUUGGCACAGGAAAGGAUCCGUUAUACGCCGUACACACAGGAAGGUGCGCCGGAAAGACGAGACAAAACACGAGCAAUAAGCAUGUCUGUUAAAGUCAGUCUGUGAUUUAUUGUCAUCGUCUUCACAUACCAAAUAUUUUACAAUGCACAAGAACACUUCUUUUUAUUUUAUUUUUUUUUACAUUACACUGACAUUCAUUCAAGGUGCCGCAUUGAUUCAUUUCAUUUCAGCCAAUCAGAGGCCCUUUUUCCUCACGAACAAGUGUCUAUUUUUUUUUUUACAUUUGUUUUCUUAAAACACAGAUUUCCCUCCAGAUUACCUGUAUGUCUUUUCUUUUUGUGAUUAUGAAGAUGAUAAUAAAAGUGAAAUAAACGUA